AUGUGUAAUCAAACUGUUACUCAAUGGAGAAAUUCUUCAUGGCGUAGUGGUCAAGUGGGUGCAAUGCAGUAUCAUAAUUGGGAAAAUAGUUCAUGCUCAAUAUUCAAAAUCAACUCUUCCUGUAGUCAAGGAUCUAUACCUGUUAUUGCUGUGAAUGCAACGUGGCCUGAGCAUGUUCAAAUGACGAUAAAAUAUGCAGCAUCAAAUAAUCUUCGCUUAGUUAUUAAAUCAACUGGACACGAUGUGUUUGGUCGAUCAACGGCAGGCGGUUCUUUACUUUUGUGGCUUCAUCAUAUGAAGAAUAAAACACUGAUUGAACAAUUUUCUUCAUGCAACGCUUCUAGCGUAUUAAAUGCUGUUCGUCUUGGUGCAGGUGUUCAAUGGAGUAAAGUCUACAAAUGGUUAGCUUUAUACAACUUGACUGUGAUUGGUGGAAUAUGUGACUCUGUAAGCGCCGUGGGUGGUUAUUUGCAAGGAGGCGGCCAUAGUCCAUUGUCACGCUGGAAAGGUAUGGCUGUCGAUCAAGUACUCGAAUAUGAUGUUGUUACGGCGAAUGGACAACGUCAAACAGUAAAUGCCUGUCAAAAUAGUAAUCUAUUCUGGGCAUUACGUGGUGGAGGUGGUGGGACAUAUGCUAUUGUACUCUCAGCUGUCGUACGAACAUAUCCAACGCCCUAUAUUGUUAGCAUUAUACAGAGUAUCAAAGCACCGAAUGAGACUCGUUAUGCUAGAUUAAUUCGAGAUUUUGUUCGAUUGUUACCUAGCUUAGCUGAUAUUGGUUGGUCUGGUUAUUUAUCAAUGGUUGAUACGAAUAUUUCGAUUACAUUAUUAUGGCCUAAUGGAAAUUUUGACGUUGCCAAUGCGACUUUAAACGACUUCGCCAAUCAAAAUACCGAUUUUGAAUCGGCUAAUCCAACUGGUAUCAAUGGUCUAGUCAGCUCACGUCUCAUUCCAGAAAAAAUCAUUCGCAAUAAGCCGAAUGAUGUGGCACAAGUGUUUCUUCAAAUGAAAGGUCAAAGUAAGAUUCCAUCAAAUCUAUUUAUAUAUCUUGUUGCCGGCGGACAAGUAUCUAACACAUCUAAUACCAACAAUAGCGUUAAUCCAGCAUGGCGUAGUGCACUACUUCAUGUGUACUAUGCCCGAUUGUGGUCUGAUGAAGCAUCUGUGUUUGAACAAGAAAUGAUUGCUAAACAUAUCAGUUGUCAAGUGAAAAUAUUAGAUGCAUUGUCAGAUGAUUCAAAACUUGGUUCCUACAUGAAUGAAGCAGAUCCAAAUGAGCCCGAUUGGCAAGAGAGAUUUUUCGGUUCACAAAUUAUGUAUGAUCGACUUAAAAGUAUUAAACAAAAAGUAGAUCCACUUGGAUUAUUCGUAUGUAGAAGUUGUGUCGGUAGUGAUGAUUGGACAGAGGAUCUCAAUUGUCCAAAAUCAUCGAAUUCUGUUCGAUCUGGAUUCCCAUUGACUUUUGUACUGAUACAAAUGUUUCUAUUAGCAUAUUAA